UGACAGCCAUGUUUAGUGAGGGCUCCCUGAAAUAAUGAGAAUGGAAGGCAAGAAAGGUUAUUUGUCCGCCAUCUUAACAUAGGGCGAGAAGGCAAGAGACACUUUCUUUCAGUGCCAAGUGUCCCGGAAGUUGACGGCGGGAAGAGGAAGUGAAUGGGAGGAGGAGUUGCCACUUGGCCUUUAUGGCAACAUCUGCUGGGGUUGGCAGCUGAGGGAGACCGGGCACGGAGGGAGAGACCGGCUCUCUUCACUCCUUGGCAUCCCUUAUUGGUUGAGAUCUCUAGUUCGUUAACAAAGGGCCAAUUUACGUUUUCUUUUUUUUCCGUGUCAGAGCGGAAGGCGGCGACGGUCCCCCGCACAGCUGCUUUCCUCCCUCCGCCUUUCCCGGUGGUAGUCGAAGGAGACCUUCCCUUUGGAGCUCCUUGAGUCAGUCCUGAGGAGGGAAGGCGACCAGAUCCCGGGUGGCCUCAGGACCUCCUCCUCCUCCGCUCAGGGGCCAGGCUCAGAGAGAGUGGCGGCAGUAAAGAAGAGCCCCUGCGGGAGGGGAGGGUCCCAGGUGCCGUGGCCAACCCUGGGCAACGUGGUAGUUUUGGGGUGAGGGAAGGAGGUCGCAUCCUCCAGCUUGCUGCUUUUGGCCCAUGAGGUUUGUUCCUCUUGCGGGGGCCGCGCAGGCGAUUUCAGUGGUGUAACAGCUGAGCAAGGAAUAGAACCGGCCAUGGAUGACGUUUUGUCUAUCAGUCUGCUCUCGCUGGCUAUGCUGGUCGGCUGCUACGUAGCUGGGAUCAUUCCUUUAGCCGUUAAUUUCUCUGAGGAAAGAUUAAAGCUGGUCACAGUCCUUGGUGCCGGCCUUCUCUGUGGAACUGCCUUGGCUGUCAUUGUGCCUGAAGGAGUACAUGCACUUUAUGAAGAUAUUUUGGAGGCAAAGCACCAUCCCGUCAGUGAGACUCAAAAGGUGGCUGAAUCUGAGAAAGCAGCGGAAAUACCCAUGGUCCAUGACCAUGACGUCGACCAUUCACGAUUACAUGCUUACAUUGGAGUUUCCCUCGUCCUUGGCUUUGUCUUCAUGCUUCUGGUGGAUCAGAUUGGCAACUCUCAUGUACACACAGCAGAUGAUCCAGAAGCAGCAAGAUCAAACAAUUCCAAAAUCACGACUACACUGGGAUUAGUUGUUCACGCUGCAGCGGAUGGUGUUGCCUUAGGUGCAGCUGCCUCAACAUCUCAGACUAGUGUCCAGCUAAUCGUGUUUGUUGCCAUUAUGUUGCAUAAGGCUCCAGCCGCCUUUGGCCUAGUCUCUUUUCUUAUGCAUGCUGGUCUGGAACGGAAUCGAAUCAGAAAGCACUUGCUGGUCUUUGCACUAGCAGCACCUGUUCUCUCAAUGGUGACUUAUUUGGGGCUAAGCAAGAGCAGUAAACAAGCUCUUUCAGACGUCAAUGCCACUGGAGUUGCCAUGCUUUUUUCUGCAGGGACUUUCCUAUAUGUUGCUACAGUUCAUGUCCUCCCAGAGGUGGGCGGCAUGGGACAUAGCCACAAAGCUGAAGCUGCUGGAGGAAAAGGACUCAGCCGCCUGGAGGUGGCAGCUCUGGUCCUGGGCUGCUUGUUGCCUCUGAUUUUGUCCAUUGGACACCAGCAUUAAGGACCUGAAGUCUAGCAACCAAUUCCUCAGUCUGACGUGAGCAGCACGUGUUGGCUGCCCUUUUAUCAUUGUCUCUCUUACCUUGUUAACCGCCCCAUCUGUUUAAGGAGUCAGAGAGAAGCAUGACUGCAGAAGGAAGGAUCCUAGGGGAGCUUUUAGUCUAGCAGAUUGUACUUUGGACAGCUGGAUAUUAAUUCUGCUUAACUUUUCUGAAGAUACUUUAAUUAUGACUUCCUGCCCUAUUCUCAGGGAAGCUGAAAUUUAGAUUUUAUGGCAGAUGAUUUGGGAAGAACUUUGUGGAUCACAAUGAAAUCAUAAUCACCAAAGUAUUCUGAGUCUCAGCGUUCACAGCUGACCUGUUGACACUGGAUGCUGCCUUCAGAUACAUGGACUCUUUUUCACCUUCUCAAAAUUGUACAUGUUAUAGUGAUAGCACAGGCUAUCUUGGGAAGAUAGGUCUAAUGCAAGUCUUGGAUAACAAGCUGUGAAGAAACAUUUGGACAAAGCCUGGGAACAAUUGAGGAAGCACAGUCUUGCUAGUUACACAUCUGAAUGGGAAUCUUGUAUUGCAUUACCAGGAGGUAACCUUGUUGUGCCCCUUGAGUGUAAUGAUCCAUAUGGUAGAAUGAGCCAGCAGCGUUGGGCUGAGAGCUAGGUUAUUCUGAACUCUGACAAGUGUGUGUUUAUUGAAGUGGAUAUGGCAUCAAUUUAUUUGGAAAAGGUUAUUCUACUGAAAUAGAAUGUUAAGUACUGGUCAGCUGUAGCACAAAGUGUUUUUGCAGAGGUAGGUGCUGUGGGCAUAGUCCUUAGGGCUAACCACGAUUAGACGCAAGAUAAGCAUUCUGAACUGCUAUGAAGCUCUUUGAAUUGGGUCCCGCUCUGUGUCUCAGUUUUGGAAUCAUAAACUCAGUGUGGACUGAGAGCAGUUCUGGAAUGCAGUAUCAGCCUUUGCAUGUGUGUUACUUUUGACUUAAUACAUUUUGUUUUCUUUUGGAAGAAACAAGCCAUGGGCAGAAACCUAGAACAUCCAAAGGUCUUCAGUACAAAGUUUUUACAACAAAUCAGAAAGACAUCUUUACUGUCAUUGCCAAAUAUUUGUCUGCUUAUUUCAAUUUUUUAAAAAGUAAAAGUAUAGAAUAACUAGUUGGUCCUUGGGGCUAGUUAUUUCUCUAUGCCAGACUUGUCUGUGCACCACCCCCCUGCCUACUGACCAUAACUCAAACUUUCUUCCAUUCCUUGUUCACAACCCCUACUACCUGGUAGCUUCUGCUAGAUGCUUUGAUAUUGGCCCAGUCACAGCAGCCGAGAUCAGAACACGGGUGAAGAUGUUGGCUUUGGGGGUUUUGUUAGCAUUAGAAAUUGAAGCUUAUAACAAGCACAGAAUAAUCAAUAGGUUUAGGGUUACUUCCAGCAUCAAGCAGUUUUGCCAGCGGAAGGAGUGUUUUUCCUUGAUUUUUGCCUUUCAUGCUGUUCCUGACCAGGAACAGGAAGCUUAGUAGUUUGCAGUGGGAGGCUGGAAGCUCUGCUGGCGGUAUGUUAUAUCCAACCUCUAAUCUUUUCUAGAAGGUUGAUCUGUUGCACAUCUGGUCUGAAACAGUCCUCUACAGGGACUGAGAUGGGGGAAAUUAGGAGUUGUCAGAUGCCUGGGAGAUGAAAGCACAGAAUUGGUGGUGCAUUGCAGAAGGAAACCAAUCAGUGUCAAAUUGGCGCAGAAAAUGUGGUUGUGGUAAUUGUUAAUGAGCUGAAAUAGUUAACAAUAUGCUUUAUUUAUGUAAUUCAACCUUGACGGUAAGAUGGGCACAAGUAUGAUGAAAGACCUGGUUUUGCUGCAGAACUGAAUUUGGCAGCAGUGGACAAGACAAAUCCUUGUUAAGAGUCUGAAUUAAGGCAUGUUUAAAUUUUGCUACGGUAUCAGAAAUAUUGUUGGACUCCCAAGCCUUUCACAUCUGGCUGCAGCAUGAAGCUGCCUGUGUGGUGUCAUUUCAUGUUUACAAAAACAGUCUCUAAGUGUAGCUUUCUUGCUCACAGAGCUUGGGCUUAGUGUCAUUAGCAGGAAGCCUAGAUUAGACUUCUAUCCUUGAUUGAUGAAGAAAAGGGACAGUGUUUGGAAUCAUUAACACUCUUUGAAUUUUACAUCAAGUGAGACUAAGCAAGACUUGGGCAGUAUAGCAAAGAAUUGUAUAACUGAAACAUUUCCAAAUGUGCGCUUGUAAAACAGAUCAUUGAUCAUAUGCCACGUGGGUGUUGGAAAGAGUAACAUUAAAUAAUUCCCUCUUGACUUUUUCCUCUUCAGCAUCACUUAUUUGAUUUGUCCCUCUGUGAUGAUGUGGGUGCCUUGGUACUUCAUCUGUCCAGAAUUGCUAAUUAUCACAAUAAAAGUUUUGAAGGACAUGGCUUUAGCAGGCUACAAGGUGUCUUGACUCUUGUAGCCAUGAGAAUCCUCACUUCAAUGACUCUCCUAGCUUAAAAUAAACUCUCAUGUUUUAUGUUUCCUUACCUAAUAAUCAGUCAGAUUCAAUAUAGUAAAGUUCCUCUCCCCAGAAGUUUUAUUGAUGACAUUCUGAAAUCAGCAAUAUACUUCUGGGAGCCUCAGAAAGAGUGUGAAUAUUUAUAAUAAUAACUUUCAAGUCUAGCCUCCUGUGCUUCCACUACUCACAUCAGUUGACUGAGUCGUGGAAAUCAGCUGUGUCAGUGUGCAACAUUAUGUUCAAUCAUAACUAAGAAUAGUAAAAGGGAAUGGUCUCUUGCCUAACAGAGACUUUUAAACAAACCUUGUUUAUACCAUCUUCGAGGAUGGCAGUCAAACCAAGGGAGCAAGGAGACUUGGGAUUUUCUGAAGGUGAUAAUGUGAAACAGCAGGAAACCACUCUUGUAAAAUUAUCCAGAGAGUUUUCCACAGCCUGUCUCAGAGGUGGCAGUAUAGGAAUGGGAAAACUUGAACUAGUAUGUUUGUACUGCUGUUUUGUGCUGUUUAUUGAUGAAACACAAGAGGGUUUUUUGGGGGUGGGGGAGCUCAUCAGUGACAUUCAGAAGCAGAAUAUCUGUUUCAAAAAAUCAGUUUUUCUGUGUUUCGACCAUGUCUCUGAGGCAGCUGUGACUUUGUGGAUCCAGUACUCCCUGGUCAUAGCUGUAUAUUUGACUGUGUACUAAAGUGUAAUUUUGAUGUCUUUUCCAAAUCAUUUGUACACAUGAAACCAUUCCAUGGAUGACUGCCUUAUUUUUUUGAUUUUUUUCACUUUAAUUGUGAAUGGUUUAAAAAUGUUGUUUUUAUUAUAUUAAACUUUUUAUUAGCUGCAA